GAGAGCGUCGUCCGGCCAACCAGCGCCUCAGUGAGCACGUGGCAGCCGCCUGUGUCGUUUCCCCUCGUCAGUUGAGCCCGGGCAGCGGUGGCGUCUCCAUCCUCCCUUCCGCGGUCCAUGUGGUCUCUGCCCGUGCCUCGCCGCCGCCGCCGUCGCCGCCCCUCGCCCCGCCACCGCAUGCCGCACGCUCUGGGAAUAUAGUGUCGGUGAGACGCCAAGCGGCCCGGAAUCGCCGUUCGCUCCCUCCCUCCUGGGUGCCUCCGCCCUCCUCCCUCCUCCCCCCCUCCCCCUCCCAGAGCGUCCGUAGUGCCAGUGCCACGGCCGUAGCAUGGACACCCCCCCGAGUGCCUGGACCCCCCCGCAGCUGUGACCUCUUGACCAAACCCACGACGGCGGGUCGUCCUCUCUGACACUCUCAGUCGCACCAUGAAGCCCCCCACGUGUACCCGCGCCCUGCUCCUGGUGCUGGUGGCCGCCCACCUCGCGCCCGAUGCCACGGCCACCAACUACGCCCACAGGAGCGGCCAGCAGCAGCACCCGGGGCACCGCAGGCAGCAGCACCGUCGAGGGCCACCGCGGCCCAGAUCCGUCAGGACGCGCCGCGAAGAAGGCACGGAGGGCCACCCGGACAUAGGGACGAUCACCUGCACCCCCGAGGGCAAUGAGUGCAGCGAGGUCACCAACAGCGAGUGCAACAAGGCAAACCCUGCAGUGCUAUUGCCCGACGUCCUACCCCAUCCAUGACUACGAGAACCGCUACUGUGUAAGGGAGGCCAAACUCAACACAACAUGCCAGUUCACGAGCCAGUGCGAGGAGACCGACCCCUACAGCUUCUGUGGCCCGAGCAGGAUCUGUGUGUGCCGGGAAGGCUACCUCAUGGACGACUAUCCCAAUGUGGGUCUCGGAUGCGUCGACGAUGGUUCGUCUCAGUCGACUGUGGAUCCAGCGAUGAUGGGAGUUCUUGCCGGCCUGGCUCUCAUGUUCGUGAUUAUCUGCGUGGUACUGCGUCUCUUCUCCAAAGCCCGAUUCCGAGAGAACCGCUCCAUCUUCAACACCCCCAACCCCCGCCUCAUGAACGCCUCGCUGUUCAAAGACAGUAAGUUGCUGAGUCCCGCCCGUGGGGAGCGCCGGGGGUCCCGGGCCAGCGUGCGAGCCCCCUCUCGGGCCCCCUCUGUCACCUCCGUCAACGCCGCCUCCCGGUCUCCCAAUGGCUCUCUGGCCAAAGUUGGUGUUGCAGGAAGGCGGGGGAGCGCGCUGUCCGCCGUCUCCGCCACGGGCUCGGUGGCGGGCGCGGGCGGCGCCAAGACCCCCAGCCCCACCAAGAAGGAGGCGGAGACCACUGUCGCCAUCGAGACCGUGGACUAAGAAGGCCCAGCAGAAGACGCCGCCGCCGCCGCCGCCAGACGACGCCCGCCGAGCCUCACAGGCCCUGGGGGGAGGCGCCCGGACACACCCCGCAGGAGGAGGACACGGCGGCGGCGGCAGGCGACGGGGGUGAGUGUGCCCCCCUCGCGGGCGCGACGAGGGGCGCGGCGACUAGAUCCAGCCCAGCCGGGGCGUCGGGGCCCGUCGCCGCCCCGACCGCCCCCGCCCCCCGUCGAGCGAGGGCGUCCCCCCGGAGCUCGCCGUCGGCCGCAGUCGCCGGGGCCACGGGCGCUCUCCGGGCGCUCGGACGCCUCCUCGCUGACUCUGAGAUAGGAUUCACCAAACAAAAUUGGAUAAAGCUCAAUUGUAGGAGAUCGUGUGUGUUAGGGACCACGAGUUUAUCUGGAACUUUCUGAGAGAAAAAAAAGGAAAAAUAAUAAUAAUAAUGAUAAUAAUAAUAAUAAUCUUUAAUCUAUAAUCAGCUACAAUUGAGGAAUGUGUUUCUUCUUAGCAUUCUCUUAAAAAUAUCAAUAUACUUAUGCAAGCUUUUUAUCAUUUACUAAAAGCAUCAUAUAUAUAUAAAUCUAGAUAUAAUCAUAUAUACCUACAUAGCAUAAUAACGAAUGUGAGCAGCUGAGAUCACGAAGAUGAUACAAGUUCUUAAGUUACCAAGAACAAGCGAGAUAAAGUAAGAAUUAAACCAUAAGCAAAACCACUGUAUAAUGUCAGGGGAACUACAGCACUAUCACGCCCCUAAAGUUGCCUAAUGAACACCUUAAAGAAACUCGUGGUAGAGCACACUAAGCCACGGACAGCUCCUCCCACGAGCGAGCAAUUCCAUCAGUAUAAAAGCACUAAAGAAAUACCUAGUAAUACAACCUCCCGUCAACAAACACUUGGAUUUUAGAGAUUUUCCUCCAAAUAAGAAAGAAAGUAGAAAAAGAGAGAGAGAGAGAAAAGUAAUAAUAGUAAUAAAACAAGGCGACAUAUACCCCCAUCAGACACCAUGUGUUAUUCUUGUGUGCGGUGACAGGCCGGGCGACGUCGCUGCCCGCUGUCCGAAUAACGCCAGGUUCGAAUACUCGAGUGUUUGCUUCAUUCACGGAGGCUGCACGAGGACCUCCCGAACCUCCUGACGAAUCGGUGUCUCGAAGCUCCGGUCCCGCUGUACAUCUAUCACAGUAUUACACUGAAAUAUAAACAAUAUCAUCUUCUAUGCAGAUCGUGUGACCUUUUCAUGAACUCAAACCUGAAGUAGUGAAAGUAGAUGAAAAAAAUAAAUACUGUUUCUAUUCAAAACAGGUCUGCCCGGAAGAUUUAAUAAAACUGAUAGAUAUUGUAGUUUGAAAUCUUAUCGAGUAGUGGUCCAGUUUGAUAUACAUAUUGGGAGUUUCUACAUAUAUAAAGUAAAUCAUUUAUUGUAUUUAUCAGAUAUGCAAUAGAAGAAUGUAGUAAAGUAGAGAUAUUCCUUUUGACGAGAUGCUAUCACGAGCCAAUAAAAAAAGAAAAGAUCUAAAUAUUAUGAGAAACUUGGUCAGUUUAGGCCUGCCUGUAUUUCAUUAUGGUCAUUUACUCCCCCCCCCCCCCUUUCCGUGUCGUCUGUUUGGACAUGAGCUUCAAAGAUGUGUGUUGUUUUUUAGUGUCAGUCUUAAAAAAAAUAACGUUUUUUUCGUCGAGUAUUUUUUGAUCAAGUGAGGAAUACCUACACUUUCACCUCCCAAGUCCAGGAUAAUAUAUAUAUAAAUAACUAAUAACUUCUAAGAAGAAUGGUAGUAGAGUAAGAGUUUCUUCAAAUAUCUGUUGUCGUCUGACACGGCAACGGCGUUGUUGCGAACACUCUGAGAGCACGUGUCAACAGCGCCCCAUAACGCUCGUUGUUGAACCAUCAUUCUUUCAGUGUACCACACAGCUGUCCCGCGGCCGCUCAGAAGUCCUACUUUCUGGCGAGCAGCUUUCAAAAUCUUGUCUUUCACCGAACCCUAUAUACUAUGUGUACUUUCUCCUCCGUUGCAAAGUUUUGUUGUUCAUUUUUCUCUACGUGAAACACAUUUGAGCCUACAAUAUCACUGUCAUGGUAUCUCCGAUGGCCAGGAGGAAGGAGUCUGUGAUCCGAGAGAGAGGAAGAGAGCUAAAAAAAAAAAUAAUAAUAAUAAAACCCAGAGCUACUGAAGGGUUUCUGUACACCUGAAGCGUGUGUAUAAUAGCUACUGAUUGCCUUCAUAUAAUACCAUACUUGCAACUCCUACAUUCUCCAGGGGUACAAUCUUUAUACUUUGUAGCUCUUGUAAAGCGCCUUCUUAUACAGAAAGUCCUUGUUGACGUUCGUUCUCGCGUAUUUCAUCCGUAGUCGGACGGCAAUUUGGUGGUAAAUAGCUCAAGCAACAAGUAGCGGACAGUUUUUGAUUUUGCAAACUAGACUAGUAUAUCCUCCAGCACUUUCCAGUGAAGAUUCCAUUCCGAAUGCACAAUAAACCUAGGGUAGAUCUCGCACUGCUAAUACAUUAGUCGUAUUAACAUAGGAUAUAGAAUACUCAAACUUUGUUUACAUUUUGACAUUCCCUGUAUGGAUUUAUUGAAAUAUAUAUUAUAUAUUGCUUAGUGUGCUCUUCAAAAUUAGACUGAUUAGAGGAUAAUCACUUUAAUCAUAAUGUCUAGAAUACAUUUUAUGUGGCUGUAUCAUCAAUAAAAUAAGAAUACAACAAUGUACCUUACUCUCGUGUGUAUGUAUGGUUUUUCGACCGUACAGUAAAUCCUGCCGGCAGUUCCACGCGAGUCCCCCUCCCGCUGAGCCAUUUGUCAAAGAAAACGUACAGAGGGGGCAGCGUUGGGACGGGCAAACUAAAGAAAAAAAAUGUAUUUCUUUGGAUUUUUAUUUUUUGAUCUUGCAGUGAAACAUUUUCACUCCUUCGACUUUUUUUCGGGAUAUAGAUAUGAUAAUGGAUAAACAAUCAUACCACAGAGGCGAGUGUUUCUCUUUGGCACUUAGCGCAGAGUGUGAGUAAUUGUUCAUAUUGUUUCACGAGACAACGAGAACGAAUCUGUAUAAAUAUAUGUUAGAUUCUUGUACUACCUUUACCCUGCUAUGAUGUAGAUACAGUUGCAAUUUUUUUUUUUUUCGUUUACUUAGAUAUUUCUUUUUCGUAAGAAUGACUUGGUUUACAAAACUCUCAGUUCGCCAUUCAUAAAACAGGGGAAGUUAUAUGAAUGCGGACGAAGGAGGAAAUAUUUCAAUACACAUUUCGUAAAGUUUCGUAAAGCUGUUUUUUUAUCGUUCACACCCUGAACUUCAUACGAUUUUUAUGUAAUUUGGUGUAAUGUGAAUUUUUUAAGAAUUGUGUAGUUUUUUUUAAGAUUUUAUUAUUUUUUUCUUAUAUAUAUAUAUUUUAUACGACGCGAAGGUCAAUGAAACCAGAGCUUGAUUCGGUGUGAGAUUUUUCCUUCUUUUUUUCAAAGCAAGAAAAAAACAAAAAAAGCAGGUCAACCGAGCAGUUCCUGACCUAGGCCUUCUGGGUUGGACUAUAAAAAUGACCUCACGCCCAUUGAUCCCUUCCUAUCUCAGUGGGCGCGGGCGUGAGGGAAAGAGAGGCCAGGUUCUCCUUGGUUGUUUCGGUUCAGAAAAAGGAGAAAAAAAGCAAAUUCGAAAGGUCCAUGCGCGCCCAGGGGAAGAGGUCGCGUCUGCAUCGUUCGAGGUCAAGAAAGGUCAGGAGAGGUCAAAUCGCGAUGGGAGAAAAAAUAAAACACGAAAAAAGAGAUAAAAUGAUAAUAGAGAAAAAUCUUAGAGGUUAUCAAACACCUUUUGAAAGAAAGAAAAAAAAUAAUAAGAAUGAGUCAUUGACCUUCAGAAAAAAAACACCAUAUUAUUUUUAUUAUUUACCUUUUUUAUAACCUUAUUAAUUAUCGAUUAUUUUUGUAUAUAAGUAUUUCAUUUCCCUCCAUAUUUUUUUAUUAUCUACUUUUCUGUGUAUCUCUGUGUACCUUAACUUCAGUCGACAAGUACAGGUGAUACAUACAUUUGGGUAGUACACAUAAUGACACUUAUAGUAAGAGUACAUAAGGAAGAGAUAGUAGAGGAUAGGAUAACGUAUAGGAGAAACAGGAAGGAAGUGUGAUAAGUAGAUAGAUAGAGAGAAAAGGCGAAAUAGUAGGCCAUAUAGAGGGAAGAGAUAUGUACAUAGACAACGAAAGGAGGGAAGAGAUAGAGUCUAAGAACGAGACGAGAAAGAGAAGGCGAGAAAAUAGAGAGAAAAUGGAGAGAGAGAAAGAGAUAGAGAAACCUCCUUAUAACGGCCCUAUUCAGCUCAAACUAUGUGUAUGUUAGAACCCGCGGUCGUAGCCAUGCCGUGUUUGUUAAUACCCACUCUGCCUAAAGACCAAAAGUCAGACACAAAGCCUAUCUUUUUAUGGAUGUUUCGUGUAUGUUUUUGGUUCCUUGAAAUACAUAAAUACUCUUUAAAAAAUAUAUAAUAUAUAUAUUACCAAAAAAAAAAAAAUGAAUUUCUUCUCUUACAUGUACAAAAAAAGAAUAAUAAUACUAAUAAUGGUAAAUCUGUAGACGCCUUUUUAUUAUUGAGAGCAGCCAAUAGCGGCCGCUCUUCAAGGAUUGCCUCAUCGUGCAAAGAGUGAUAUAUCCCGUUUUCUAUAACUUUAAACACGCAAAGGGGCACUCGGCUAGAGUUUCCUCUGGUCGGUACCUCAUUUUUGGGAGCUUUUUUCCUUGUAUUGGGUAUUUAACAGUCGAAUAAAAAGUUGCCACCAAAAUCCA